GAUAAACAAUUAACAAAGGAGAAUCGUCGAGAUCGAUGUCCAUCCCUUUCUUUUUCCUAUGUGCCAUAUAUUGUUUAUAUAUAUGUAUGUAUGAUCUGGUGAAGCAACACAAAAAAAGUCAAGAAGCCACCACCUUUUUGUCUCUUUUUUCUUCUCCCCAAAUCGAUCUGAUCUUAAGAUUUCGAAUCCAUACACUAUUUGAAAUGUGACAUAUUGGGUUAUUGGUUGUCAUAUAUGAUCUUGAAUUUUCCUUUGGCAACAGACCAAAAGAGUUAGAAACAAAUUUGGAAUUGCGGGAAAAAUUGCAGGAAACAUGAUGAAAAAAUAUUAUUUACAAUUGCUUGAAUUGCAGCGAUCAACAAGAAGCGGACAGAAGAGAUUAACACAGGAACCAGCUACACCAUCAUCAAGCAUCUCACGUUUUGUGGAAACUAAAGAUUUGGUCUCUGAAGAAAACGUUCAUCAAAUAGUUGUUGAAGCUGUGAACAGACUAGGCGGUAUUAAAAAAGCUACCCCUGAGGCUGUAUUAGAUGAAUUGGCAAGCCAUGAAUGGCUGAACCUGUUCGAUGUCUACAAGCAUUUGGAGAUGCUGAAAACAUCCACAAGCUAUGAAGGCAAGAAUACAUGGAUAGGGAGCACAUCAGGGAAAAAACCAGAAAGAAAGCAGUUGGGUGUACUAGAUCAAAAAUCAAGCUUGUCAACAGGAAACAAAGAUGUGGUGAGGAAAAAAUUCUUGAAUAAAUUGCAAGAUAUGGCUUUGUCAGCAGAUGAAAUUAAGUAUCACUUAGAAGGGGAGAAAAAAAUGUGGCACUUUUGCACACUUUUUACCCAAAAUCAUGAGUUUGAGAAAGACACACUUAUUCAACAGUGGAUAUCAGGAGGUUUUCUUAAGGGUGAGCAUAAGUAUAGUAUUGGUGACUUCUAUUUCAGAAUACUAUUGUCUAAUGACUAUAUUACAAAAGCAACAACAUGGUCUCCAAAUGCAAAAGACAUAUAUAAAGUAAAUACAAAUAAGUUGAAAGAAGAUAAUAGCACAAUGUUACAUAAGAAGUUUUCUCUAUUGAAGAACUUGCAUCAUCAUAAAGCAUCUAAGGAAGUGCAAUAUGUUUCGUUGGUGGUUGAUGGCAUCGACGAAGUAAGUCUUGAGAGAUUGAAAGAGUUCAAGGAUCUUAAAGCACUUCUACUGUUAUCUGAGGAUGUUUCAAGUAUUAGCAAGAUACCGCGAAAUGUAUUUGCAGCUCUCAAGCAUAUGGAGGUGUUGGAUUUGAGUAGAACUAAUAUCUCUGAGUUGCCUAAUUCAAUAGGGAAUAUGAUUGAACUAAAGUACUUAGAUCUUUCAUUUACCCUGAUUGAGUUAUUGCCUGAAACUCUAGAAUGCCUCUUGAAAUUGGAAACCUUGAAACUCAAAGAAUGUAGAAGGUUAUUUAGACUACCUGAAGGGAUGAAAAAGCUAAGAUCUCUGAAACAUCUUGAGCUUGAUGUCCUUGGACAGUUAUCUUUGUUGCCGCGAGGAAUGGGAGAACUUACAGAGCUUGAGACCUUAUCAGCAUAUCUUGUACAUAAGGAUGAUGGUCGAAGCAUCGAAGAAUUGAAAGAAAUGAAUAAGCUUAAGGGAAGUUUUUGCAUAUCAAGGUUGGAAAAUGUUGUACAUCCUUCAGAAGUUAAGAAAGCUGCGUUAUUCAAAAAGAAGCAUUUGAAGGAGUUGGAGUUGAGGUGGAGUGACUUGCAUCAAUCUAGUAAUAAGCAAAUACACCAAGAUGAGAUUCUUCAAGCACUAUCCCCAAAUUCUAGCUUGGAACAACUACAAAUAUCGUGUUAUGGUGGUACGAGCUUUCCUAGUUGGAUCGGAGAUCCUACACUCGAAAAUCUUACUAGUAUUACCCUGUUCAAAUGUGAUAAUUCAGAUGUACUUCCUUCUUUGGGACAACUACCAUCUUUGAAGUACUUAAGCUUGGUGGAAAUGAAUAAUGUGAUAGAGAUUGGGAAAAAGUUUCGAGGAUUCGAUAGCACUUCUGUUGCAUUUCCAAGCCUAGAGAGAUUUACAAUUGUUGGCCUCUCUAAGCUGGAAAUGUGGAAAGAAGUAGAGAAGAGAGAUUAUCCAUCUCUUCAAAAGCUCACAAUUGAGCGUUGUUCUAACUUGGUUGCAAUCCCAUCUUCUCUGUUUAUGCAACUGUACAGUCUCAAGCAUGUCGAAGUAAUCAACUGUCGAAAACUUGCUGCAUUGCCUGACUAUAUCUUGUCCAUAUCACUUGUGACUUUGGUGAUAGAAGAAUGCCCUUUGAUCACAAAAUGGUUUCGAAAACACCAAGAUAAAGAUCGUUUAAACACUCAACUUGUGCAAAAUUUGUGGAUUGAUCGAGAGCAGGUUACAAAUUUAGGACUUGACCUCGCAAGAGAUACUCUUGUAUUCUAAUCCAUGUAAAUAGAGUAUAUAUGUCCUUUACAUAUGUACGCCUAUUAUGUAUAAAUAAGGUCCUUGAUGUACAAAUUUAUGUGAAUGUAAAACUAUCUUUUUGGUUUCACAAAUUAUCAUUGUACUGUAACUAUGCAAAUGAUCUUUUAUAAAUAGUUAUGUAAUAUAGGAAGACUGGAAAUGGAAGACAGUGCUUGGAUGCUAAAUAAAUUAUGGUUUUAUGUAA